UCGGCAUCACAUUAUUGAACAUCAAUCCGAAUAUUUUCUCACACCACGUCGCGUUCGUUAGUUAUUUACAUUUUCAAAUUGAAGUCUGUGUCAGUCAAACUGAAAUCUUGUCAUCGGUAUCGUUUGAAUUUAGUUCGACUUUAGCGAGCACGGAGAUCGGGUUGAAGUUAACGAAUCGCUAAUAUUUUCGCUCGUUUUCUAAUCAAUCAUGAGGGAAAUCGUUCACGUACAAGCAGGCCAGUGCGGCAAUCAAAUCGGAGCAAGGUUCUGGCACAUGAUCUCCAACGAGCAUGGAAUCGAUCCCACGGGACACUACGUAGGGAAUACAAAAGAUCUCCAAUUAGAUCGUAUCAGCGUCUACUAUAACGAAGCUGCGAGAGGCACUUACGUUCCAAGAGCGGUUAUGGUUGACCUUGAACCGGGUACCAUGGAGUCGGUACGAUCCGCCGAAUUCGGGCAAAUCUUUCGACCCGAUAAUUUUGUCUUCGGGCAGAGUGGUGCCGGUAACAAUUGGGCCAAAGGCCAUUACACGGAAGGUGCUGAACUGGUGGAUUCCGUUUUAGACGUCGUUAGAAAGGAGGCUGAGGGCUGCGAUAGUCUGCAAGGAUUUCAGCUUUGUCAUUCGUUGGGAGGAGGAACCGGUUCCGGAAUGGGUACGCUGAUGAUGUCGAAAAUUCGCGAAGAAUUUCCCGACAGAAUCAUGACGUCCUUCAGCGUUGUACCAAGCCCAAAAGUUUCCGACACCGUCGUCGAGCCGUACAACGCAACUCUGUCCGUUCAUCAACUCGUCGAAAACACGGACGAGACAUUUUGUAUCGACAACGAAGCCCUCUACGAUAUCUGCUUUCGAACAUUAAAAUUACCCUCUCCGACCUACGGUGACCUCAACCAUCUCGUCUCCCUGACGAUGUCCGGGAUCACCACGAGCCUGAGAUUUCCCGGGCAAUUGAACGCCGAUCUCCGAAAGCUUGCGGUGAACAUGGUUCCGUUUCCGAGGCUGCAUUUUUUCGUUCCUGGAUUCGCCCCAUUGACCGCAAGAAAUAGUCAACAAUACAGAGCGUUGACCGUUCCGGAAUUGACUCAGCAGAUGUUCGACUCGAAGAAUAUGAUGGCUGCCUGCGAUCCCCGACACGGUAGAUAUUUGACGGUGGCAGCAAUUUUUCGCGGUAAAUUAUCGAUGAAGGAUGUCGACGAACAAAUGACGAACAUCCAGAAUAAGAACAGCAGCUUCUUCGUCGAUUGGAUCCCUCACAAUAUCAAAACCGCCGUUUGCGAUAUUCCCCCUUGUGGAAUGAAAAUGUCCGCCACUUUCCUCGGGAAUACAACGGCGAUUCAAGAAUUGUUUAAACGAAUUUCCGACCAAUUUACCGCCAUGUUCAAACGCAAGGCUUUCUUGCAUUGGUACACCGGGGAGGGUAUGGAUGAGAUGGAAUUCACGGAAGCGGAGUCAAACAUGAAUGACUUGGUAUCGGAAUAUCAACAGUAUCAGGAGGCCACUGCAGACGAAGACGAAUUCGAAUUAGAUGAGGAUCAAGUCGACGAUGAAUCUGCAUUAGGCGACGAUUAGGUUUAUUUUACACGGUUUUGAUUAUCACUAAUUUAUAAAAUUGUUAAACAUUAAUGCACAUACAUGUACGUACACAGAGUUUAUAUAAAUAUUGAAUAUA